CUUGCUUGCUUUGAUUGUUGGUUGGUUGGUUGCUUGCUUUGUUUCUUAGUUGAUUGGUUGAAAAAUAACUGUUGAAAACAAAUUAAGUUGGGACCAAGAUGAGCCUGUGAACAGCAGUAACAGCUGAUUGAAGCACUUCCACGGCAUUAUAGGGCACCUCUCGUGGAAUUUCAUAAUAUUUAGAGCCAGAAAAACCAUGCAAUGCAAGUUUGAAAUGAAUAUUAAGGUUUGGAUAUUAGCAUUGCUUCAGGAAUACAAGAAAAAGAAAGAGAUGGAUAUUUGGAUCCAUCAUGUAAUGAUGGAAGUUUAAAGCAAAAGUCAAAAACUGCUGAUGAGCUCAUGGAUGAAGGUGCCACAGCAAACAGGAUGCUGAGUCCGGGUUUACCAUCAUUGAUGUGGAGUGAGAUAAACAGAUGCUUAUAGGUGUUAAUCCUAGUAGUGGGAUGUCUCUGUCAUUCAGUGCCAUUAUCAACUUUUCCUCCUCCCCUGCCUUUGUUUGUUUUUUCUUCCAACAUAAAAGGAGCUAGAGAAGAACAAGACAGAGCAUCCAUCAGACAAUUCCAAAGCAGCAGAACCUUCAGCUUUCUAAACCUUUUGUCAUCUGUGAGGAAGCCUCCAAUAUGCUCGUGCUCCUGCUUUAUUUGGGCUCGCUCAUCGCGCUCUCAGAGGAGCAGCUUGUUUCCUGUGCAGGGAAAGUUUGUCCUUUGGGCUUUGACUGCAUCAGUGUAAACGGCGUUCUUCAGUGUGCCGACCCCUGUUACCAGAACUCUGUACUGAAUGAUGCCUGGCGUUCUGUGGAUAACACAAACAACAACCCAGUGCACUGUGACCAGAAUAUUAACUGGGAUGGCUGGUAUCGGUUCUAUCUGGGCCAAGCUGAUGCUCACAUUCCCCAAAAGUGUGUAGCAGAGCAAAGGUGUGGAACCCACGCUCCUUUGUGGAUCACAGAACCUCACCCCACACAGAUGAAUCAAGUAGUAAAUCGCACCGUGUGUAGCGCCUGGAGUGGUUCCUGCUGCCUAUUUCCCACCCACACCAUCCAAGUGAAGCUCUGCUCCGGAUACUAUGUCUAUAAACUUGGAAAGCCAUCAGUGUGCUACCUUGCAUAUUGCGCAGAACCAAAUGUCCUGAUGCCGGAUGGCUUCAGAGUCUCAGGACAAACUCAGAACAGCAUCACUCUGCAGUGGAAUAAAAUGAACAACGUUGCUAGCUAUGUGCUCCAGUUUAACGGUGCAGAGACAAACAUCAACGCACCAAGCGGAGUCGGACCAGUAACCUACACAGUCUCGCCUCUCGCUGCUGGAACCACGUACACGUUCACUCUCUAUUCUGUGUCUGACAACAUCAGAAGCCCUGGAGUACAACUUGUAGCUUCUACUGAUGCUGGUGCAGAGGUGUUUACGAUUGCUACAAAGUUCAACAUCAGCUCAUGUCCCAUCACGUUUUAUCAGAAGGUCUACACCAACGUCUACGUGAACUUCACCAGUGACAGUCUAGUGUUCUGCUUCAAGGGCUUCUACGGCCUCGACACCAACAAUGACUGUGUUUUUGGCCCCAAACCCGACUCCGUCAAGGCUACAUUCAACAUCACUGAACACGACUCUUCAUUAGACAAACAGGUCAAAGAAGCAGUGAGAACCAUAACAAGCAGCAUGGGAUGCGGUGUGCACUUUAGCACUACAUGCUCAAGUCAAAAGACUGACUUGAACCUUCUUGGUUUUGGGAAUGAAGCUGCUCUGUAUUUCACCUCAACUCCUAAUAAAUCCAAACUGGUGGCUAACAUCACAGUUGCAGGCACUUAUGUUGAGUCAGUUACUCUUGAGUCACCUUCCACUGGCAGAUUUACUGACAUCAGCGGAUGCAGAGUCUCAGGUGUUGGCAUUUUACCAAACACUACAGUGUUUUUGCCCCAAACCUGCACUACUGUUGUGUGCACUGCCAACAAAUCCUACACAUCCACAGGCUGUGGGAACCAGCAGCGUUGUGAUGGAAAUGGAGUAUGCUUGAACACCACCUGCACCGUGACCGGACCCACCGUCAUUGACUUUAACGGUCAUCUUGGCUUUGUGGCUGAUCGCUGCGCGUACUCUCUGAUGUCAGAUUCAAAAAAUAACUUCAAAGUGUUGGCCAGCUUCCAGGAGCGCCGACGUAGAGACGUGAGCUUUUUGGACAGUGUGACCCUGCAGCUGGACGAUCCAGGUGUUCAAAUUCACCUGGAGCAAGGAGGCCGAGUCCAGAUAAACAACACAAUUCUGAACAUUACCAGCUCAGUCCAGCGCUUUCAGGGCGUUGAGCUCUUUAAGGACCAAACUGGAGUCACUGCAACAUUUUCAGUUGCUAAACGCACAACUUCUGUGUUUUUUGAUGGCUACACGGCGCAGAUUCAAGUACAGGCCCCUGCUGGAUCAUCUCUGAAGGGUCUGUGCAGCAACUCCAGCGAUAUUUCAAACACGAAGCUCCCUGAAUACAGCUCCUCUAGCUGCGGAACACAGUUUGACGACCCCGAUGACAACACGGUCAACUGUGACUUAAUGACGGAGCGGUGCAACAUCCUGAAAGCUGCACCCUUCUCCUCCUGUAAUGAAGACGUGGACCCGACCCCCUACGUAAACGCCUGCAAGAACACUUUGUGCACUUAUCCUUCAGUGGACCACCUCUGGUGUCAGUUCUUGUGGUCCUACGUCCGAGCCUGCAGCCUUGAUGGCAACAGCGUGGAUGACAGCUGGCAGUCUGAGGCUAAGUGCUCAUCUAAGGCCUUUUGUCAGGACAACACCUGCAAGGAUCAUGAGUUCUGUGGGAGGAAGUUGAGCGGAGAACCUGGCUGCCUCUGCAGAGCCGUGUUUGCUUCCAGAUACAAAGAGUCCAACAGUCUGGGUGAUCGACCGGUGUGCAAGCAGAAGAUGGGUGUGAUCGCUCUUGUCGGUUGUCUGCUGGAAGAGAAAGGCAUCAACUACACCUCCUUACACCUGAAAGACCCGAGCUGCGUGGGCGUUUUGGACAAGGAGACCCACAUGGUGACUUUCAAAUUUGACGAGAACAACAUCUGUGGGACCGAGAUCCUGAAAAACGGAAGCCAAACGACUUACAAGAAUGCGAUCAUGAACCAGAGGAGCUCUGAUGUCAUCACUCGCCAAGACCAGAUCUACAUCAACAUCUCCUGCUACGACAGUCAACUUGAAACGAAGGCUGUGACCUUCAAAAUCAAAGACAGGUCUGUGGUCCAGAAGAUCACAUCUGGAGAUCUGGAUUAUAGUCUGACCAUGAAGGCCUACACAGACAGGAGACGCACACAACUUGUGAAUCCACAAACCGACGUGCUGCUGAACCAGAAGAUCUGGGUGGAGCUGAAGGCUGAUGGGCUUGAUGCUGACCUGUUUGCCGUAGUGACUGAUUUCUGCUGGAUAACCAGUCAGCAAUCACCAAACAGCUAUCCGAAACAUGACCUGAUCAAGAGCGGUUGUCCGGUCCGAGACGAUGAAACGGUCCAGGUGAGAGGAAACGGAGAAGGAACCUCCAACUAUUUCUCCUUCAACAUGUUUGAGUUUACUGGGAUCUCUGGUGAUGUUUACCUUCACUGCACUCUGCAACUGUGCAUCAAACAAGAAAGCAACUGUGUCCCGAACUGUUCUGGUGGAAGAGGAAGAAGACGCAGAUCUAUGGGGACCGGGGGUGGACACGGAGUGUGAGCCUGAGCUGGAUUGGAUAGGUGGUUUCCAUGGCGAUUUGGACUGACCUACACCAGCUUCAUGACGAUCCUCAUCUCUGGUUGCAUGAAACGUUCUUGUUUUUAGCUUUCAUCUUAAAAUGGUGAUUGGGAAACACGUGGGCUCUAAUCGAUUUGACCUGUGAUCUAACGUGUUAAUUUACUCAGAAGUCAUCAGUUCUCCGGUGCCUUUGCCACUACAUUUCCCAGAGGUCCUUGUGGGUUAGAGUCUCUGCUGCUCAUCUUGUGACACGGGUCAGCUGACACUGAAACGUGACACUAAUGCAUGUUGCUUUGAUGUUUCUUUAGCAUAAAUAAAAAAAAACAUAAAAAUAAAUAGUGAAACUUAAACUGA